UCAAGCAUCAAACAGGAGCUUUCACUCAACCAGACAGCACUCCCUCAGGAACCAUGGGACAAAACGAAGACUAUGACUAUUAUAACUACAAUGAUUCCUAUACUGACUACCUAGAACCAAACUACACUGACUCGGAGCCCUGUAAACUAGACAGCACCUGGAAAAUCAACCAGUCCUUCAUACCAACUGUGUGCUCCCUGAUCUUCGUGCUAGGGCUUCUGGGAAACCUCCUGGUGCUGGCGGUGGUCUCUCGCUACAAGCGGCACGGGUUCUCCCUGACGGACACCUUCCUGGUUCACCUCGCCGUGGCCGACCUCCUGCUGGUCCUCACCCUGCCUUUCUACGCUGUCCAGUACGCCAGUGGCUGGGUCUUUGGGACCGUGGCGUGCAAAAUCACCGGCUGGGUCUUCUCCGUCAAUUUAUUCACCACCGUUCUCCUCCUGGCCUGCAUCAGUUUCGAUCGCUACUUGGCCAUCGUCCACGCGGUCCAGCUCUCCUGGAGACAGAACUCGUGCUACGCCCACGUGGCCUGCGCCACCAUCUGGGUGGUCUGCUCGGGCCUAUCCGUGGUCGAUUUCUACUUCCACGGGGUCCUGAAUCUCAAGCAGCUGGGCGGGGCCAGCGUCUGCAUGAAUGACUUUGACUCCAAGAACGCCGACCGCUGGAAGACGGUUCUGCACAUGCUGAAUCUCGUCCUAGGCUUUGCUCUGCCGCUAUUGGUCAUGCUCUAUUGUUACAUCAUGAUAUUCCGGUCUCUGUGCCACACCCCCCGUUUGCAGAAGCAGAAAUCCCUAAAGGUGAUCGUCUCCAUUGUGGUGGCCUUCAUUCUCUGCUGGGCGCCCUACAACGCUUUACAAUUGGUCGAAGGCUUGGUGAGGGUGGAGGCGAUUUGGCGAGGGUGCGCCCUGGAGAAGGCCUUGGAUGUUGGGAUCUUGGUGACCCAGAGCUUGGGGCUGGCGCACUGCUGCCUCAACCCGCUGCUGUACGCGUUCGUGGGCGUGAAGUUCAGGAAGGAGCUGGCUUUGUUGUUUAAGAGCUUAGAGGAACUGUGUCGCCGUGGCCAAAGGUUCAACCCCAGGAACAAGAGCAGAAGCAGCUGCAGCAGGCUGCAGAGAUCCAGGAAAAAUACCAGGUCAAGAAACUUCAGUUCAGACAGCGAGACUUCCACCACUGCUUACUCUGUGAUGUUCUGAAGCCUGGUGGCCCAACGACUUCUAUACCAUUGUAUCUGUCUACUUGACCAUAGGCCAACAUACAGCUGUGUGCAAACGUAUCAGAACGCCUCAAGAUUCGUUAUUGAUCUCCUUUAUAUACCCACCUGCAUGAAAACCUCAGGGUGUGAGAAUUUCAAUUUCCACUCAGUAAUCAGCUAUAUAGAAACAAUAGGCUCUCUUGUGUGAGAAUGUUAGCUCACUUUGCGCUUUAAUUAAUUAGGCAUCCAAAACAACUUCUAUAAAGUAUCAUUCUUCUUAUCAUUCGAAGGUCCAUGUUCCUUUUCUCUUACUGUUUUAAACGAAUUGCAUGUGUUGCCUAUUGAAGUCAUCAGUUAAAUUAAUCACUAAUUUGCCUGUUUGCACAAUGUCCCCCGAUUUUCAAUUCCAGCGGUUUGAUUUCACACGCACAGCAAAUCAAAACUACAGAAGCAAUGGGUGCUCAAGCAUAUGUGUACACUGCUGUAGGAUUAAGCAAUCAGGCGUUUGAGGAUCCAUGUAUAGGUAACUACGGGGCUCUGAUUUUCGGGUUAGAUAAUGCCCCUCCACUGGAUUUUUCAAAGGUUAAGUCUGAUUGGAGGCUGUGAAAACGCUGUCACAAAUGGAGUUGCUAACCUAAUGGAUUUCUCCCUUUCUGUUAUGUAGCUAUUUUCAAACCCGACCAUAGCCGCCUUCUCUUUCGGAUUUAAAAAGCACGCAAUUCUGCAAAUCAAUUUCCAAUGAUUUUCUAUUUCCUAAGAGCGUGACUCGCAUUAAUUAAGAUACUUGCACAGGGUCAUCAUAGUUAUUUUUUUUUUUUUUUUUUUUUUUUUGAGACAUUAAAAAGUUAUGAAAAGGCAAAAAUAACAAUUAGCCUAAAGGCGUUUACCCUUUAAGAAAGCCUGCUUACUGCGUCCAAAACCAAAUUUCAGCUUUGAUGCCAAAGAAACCCAUAAUGGAGAAGUGAGAUGUUGAAAUAAACAUUUUCUGUUGCGGCACCGUUAAAAAUAUAUAUAUAUAUUUAAAAAAAAGCAUCCCUUUUUUUUAGUUUCUAUAAUACAGUUUAUAUGGUCUUGCUUCAUCGUUCAUCACUAACAAAGAGACCAUUGUUUAAAUGUUAUUUGUUAUUUUGGAGACGUGUUUGUGUUCUACAUCAGUGAGAAACUUAAUCUAUUUCGAUUGAUUGACGUCUUUACUAAAUGUAAAUGUAUUAACUCGUCAUUCAGCGGACGCUUUUAUCCAAAGAGACUUCCAGAGACCAGGAGGGUGAGCUCUGCAUCAUUAACAACCGCUGCUGCUGCUGCAGAGUCUCUUCCAAUAGGACCUCGGUUUUAGGUGUUGGCAUAGUUAGGGCUGAAUUUGUAAAAAUAAAACGUAUUAAAGCUAAGCACUGUCAUUAGCUUAAUGUGCACCAGUUGUGGUGUUUUAUCGAGCUGUAUCUGCUGUAUUUUGAGUUGUUUUUUUUUCCCAAAACGUGUCAGAUCUAUCUAGCAGGUGAAGUUACACGACUGAAAUAUAUUAUCUACCUGAAUACAAUCACUGAAUCAUUAAAGGACGGAAUUUACUUGAAACUAUAAAUGCUUAUGGAAAUACAUUUUUAAAAUCCAGCGAAAUGAUCUUUUUUUUUUGUUGUUGUUGUUUGGCAGUGGUCGCUAUUUACAAAUAAAGACUGUUUUGAUGACUUAAAUUCA